AUGAGCAAGACAUUCAUUGGUCUAGUUCUCAUCCCCAUCGUCGGUAAUGCCGCAGAGCACGCCACUGCCGUGGUCGUUGCGUACAAGGAUAAGAUGGAUCUGGCGAUUGGCGUGGCCAUUGGUAGCAGUUUGCAGAUUGCCCUGUUUGUUACUCCCUUCUUAGUUAUCCUGGGCUGGAUCAUGGGUAUCGAGAUGACGUUGCAUUUCCAGACUUUUGAGACGGUUGCUUUCUUUAUCUCUGGUUUGGUUGUUACGCUUCUUAUUCAGGACGGAAAGUCUAAUUACCUUGAGGGUGGUAUGUGUCUUGGCAUGUAUCUCAUUCUUGCUCUGGCUUUCUAUGUCUAUCCUGAUAAUGUUGCUACCUAA